UAUAUAAAUAUAAUAUAUAUACAUGUAUGUACAUACGUAAUGCAUGGAUAUAUGCAUUUGUUUACAAUUAAAACACUCAUUUUAAAUAAUCGUUAAUUUCAAAUCACGACAUUAUUUUUUCAACUUUAUGUGAAAUUAAUUAAGUUUUAUCUUGUUAAAUAGAUAAAUUAUAAAUAAUAUGUCAUCAGAUAAGUCUUCUGGGGAUGGGCCUCCAACUGGCAGGAAAAGAAAAUAUAAAUUGUAUAAAAAAAAUCCCAAUAAACAAGUACCAUUAAGGACAUUAGAUAGGUGGGCAGCCAAAAAGCUACUUAAAGCUGAUAGACCCAGUACAUCUGCGCUUGAAGAAGAAUCAAACGUAAACUAUGAGUCAAGUUAUAGUGCUGAAGAAAAUAGUGAUGACAGUUCUUGUACAAGUCAAAGCAGUAAUGAUAAUUAUAACGAGGAUAACCUUGAUGCACAAAUCAGUUAUGAUGACACUAUUAGGUUAUGACAAUACUAUUAGUGAUCAUGAAAUGCACAAUAUUGAGGACCAAGAAAUAUGUAACGAGAAUUAUGUGGUGAUUCAAAAUAUUGAUAAUACUCCUAGUAUUUUAAUCCAUGAAAAUAGUACUGUGACUGUUGACCAGAGCGUAUUUAAUUUGCUUGACUUCUAUAUUCAACAUAAACUGUCAAAAUCAGCUUUAAAGAAUGCUUUGAAGAUUCAACUAGCCAUCCUUCUUAGUGAAAAUAGAAUGCCUAAAACUGUAUUCAAAUUACUUCAGUAUGUUGAAAACUUAGCACCUCGUAAUGAAGUUUGGAAACAUUAUUAUUGUAAAAAUUGUUUAUUCUACCUUGGGAUUGCUUUUGAAAAAAUUUUAAAUUGUUCAUCUUGUUGUGCCGAUAAAAAGAAUUUCAAUUUUUUUUUUGAAUUUAAUCUUGAAGAUCAACUCAAAUAUUUUUUUGAAAAGAAUAACCUUGCGAAUAAGUUGAAACUAUUACCGCCAAGACGUGAUGAUAGCAAUGUAAUUAGCAAUAUAACCGAUGGUACAGAAUACAUAAGAGUAAAUUCUCGUGAAGACAGAGGGAAAUAUGACUUGACUUUAAUAUUAAAUACUGAUGGAUUAUCCUUGGUUAAAAGUGCAAACAGCCACUGCUGGCCUUUGAUGUAUACGAUUGCCGAGCUUCCGGAGAAUAUACGUGAAUCAUUUAUAAUAAUUUUGGGUUUAUGGUAUGAUUCAGAAUGCAAACCAAAUAUGAACACUUUCCUUCAGCCAUUUUGUACUAGAUUAAAAGAUCUAUAUUAUAAAGGUUUUAAAUGGAUACACCCGCAAACUAACGAAGAAUUUAUUUCAAAAGUUGUAGCUCCGUUAUUUAUUGCAGAUGCUCCAGCAAGAGCGAAUUUACAGAACAUUCUGUUGUAUAAUGGUACCUAUGGAUGCAACGUUUGUGAAAUAAUGACAAAAAAAUGUAAAAAAAUUGCAGGAAAAAAAACUACACGAAUAUAUCCAUUUGAAAAAAAUGACUCACUAUUGAGAACUAGCACAAGAAUGAUUAGACAAGCAGAAAUGCGAGAGGUUUUUGCCAAAGCCCACUGUAAAGGAGUUAAAGGACUUUCAAUAUUAUCAACGCUUCCAUUACUAGAUCUUGGAUCUUGUGUUUUACCUGAGUAUAUGCACUCAGUACUGCUUGGAGUUGUUAAGCAGUAUGCCAAUUUGUUACUGGAAAAACCAGGUCCAUGGAAUAUAAAAAAAGAUAGUGAUGAAAUUAAUCUAUUUAUGGAAAAUAUUGAACCUCCGCAAUCAUUCAACCGAUUGCCUCGACCAAUAACAGAUUUUAAGUAUUAUAAAGCUUCAGAGUUCUAUAAUUGGAUUUUAUUUUAUUCGUUACCAAGUUUAAUUGGUUUUUUACCGGACAAAUACAUGCAACACUUGAUGUUAUUAGUUAUGGCGUUAUAUGAUUUACUCCAGGAUCAAAUUCUUAUUCAACCGGAUCUAGAACGUGCUCAAAACUUCCUUGAUUUAUUUGUUGAACAAAUUCCAAUAUUGUAUAGUGACAGGGAAAUGACCUACAAUUCUCAUCAGCUAAAACAUCUUGGACUUUGUGUUAGACGGUGGGGUCCACUGCGGUCAACAUCUGCUUUCCCGUGGGAGAAUCAAAAUGGAUAUAUAGCUCAAUCCGUUCACGGAACUAAAAAUAUAGGUCAAGAAAUUGUUAAUAACUUAAAAAUUAUUCAAGGUGUACAAAUGCUUAAAUGUAAGAUAGAACAAACUAAUCACAAUGCAGAAGCUCGAAAGUUACAAAAUUAUUCGUUGUUGGGAAAUCCAAUUAAUUAUGAAGCCCACGAAAAUGAUCGCUUUUUGAUUAUAUCCGAAGGUUUUAUUGAUGAAAACUUGAAUAUUUAUGCUCGAGCAAAUAUUUUUGGAGAAGUAUACACAUCAACAUCAUACAAAACUAUUAAAACAAAUAGUUAUACAAUUGAAAUAAGAAAUUUUGAUAAUUCCUGUGUAUAUGGAAUGAUAAAAUUUUUUUUUUGAAAAAGAAAAUGAAUUAUAUUUUAUAAUUGAACGGUUUAAAGUAGAAAAUAAUAGAAUUAUGAUUCAUUCAAAAAUGCAAGUGACAGUAAAACAUAUUUUACCUAUAAUAGAAUCAGGUGAAUCAUUAUUAAUUAAACUAAGAGAUGUAAAAAGUAUUUUCCAGCUAGUAAGAGUAGGUAACUAUGUAUGUAAAAGACCAGAUAAAUCGAAAAGAAUUUGGUAAAAUUGUUUUAAAAUUAAAUUCUACUAAAAACGAAAAUUAUUGUACUUUGUAUAGAAUGGCACAAUAAAAUUAAAUUAAAAUUUUAUAAUUCUGUAUGUAUGAUAAAUUAGGCUCUACCUUAUUACACGACUAUUUAUUUAUAACAUUGUAAUUAUAGUACUCUAUAAAAAUCAGACGAAGUUAAGUACAUAGUUAAUAAAUAUGAAUAUAAGAAUCAUAAGUGAGUAACAAUUCA